AUGCGUUGUUCUCCCUUUACGGAGUCGAUCUCGCGGGCAUCACCGAUUCCACUCCUCGAGAACGCAUCUCGAACCGGCGACAAGACGUACGUCCGAGGUUUGAAUACAUGUGUUCGAUACGACCUAAAGCUCAGAUUCACGAAAAGGGAACGCUGGAUCCGAAGAAAGAACAAGAUCCAAGCUUUCAUGCCAUACGGGGUAUUUUCCAUACGCCCAAUAUCAGAAAAAACCAUCGAGUACUGUGUAGCAGAUGUUCUCCAUCUGCCCAAGCUAUGUGCUUUAUACUUGCAACGACUCCAUCCGGCCAUCAAAAACGAUUGGCUCUCCAAGGUUGCAAAGGAAAGUGAGAAUUGUGUACUAGAGGCUCAUUCGCUGACUUGUGAUCCUACAUCGGAAGCGAGGAAACUGGGGCUGUGGAGACCUAUACUGCCUCCUUUUGAGGGUUGUGAUUUUGAUUGUCCGUAUGUGGAUGACUGA